GUUCUUCUUCCUCCUUAUCACCUCAUGAAUCGCAGGGGCGCUUUUCUGCUUAAAAACACACUGCUUACAUGUUAAACAAUUAGUACAUUCCUGUAAAUUGUAUUGCCUAUGAUUUGAAAACAUUGUUACAGGAGGAUCUUAACUGAAGUUAGCAUGGCUGCAGUGGACAGUUUCCAGUUGUUGUACAAAGAAAUUGCUCGUUUUUGUAGUUUUUAUUAUGAUACCCUCGCUUUGGUGGGUGCUCUGUACACGGCCAGCAAGGCGGUCAUACUGCUGAGAAACUGCUGCUCGCUCGUCAGAGUGCACUUUCUACCCAGGAUUUUCCCCAACAAAAAGCUAAGCCACAGAUUUGGGGAUUGGGCUGUUAUUUAUGACAGUGCAGCACCUGUGGCUUUAGCUUACUCUGAGGAGCUAGCCCGUCAGGGGGUCAGUAUCAUCUUUGUCACUGUGGACCCCAACGCUGUUGGAGACAUGGCCACAUUCCUGCCUCAAGCAUAUGGAGUGGAAACUGUUGUCAUCGUCGCUGACUUUUCCCAAGACCAGUCUGCCCUCAAACUCAUCCAAGAGGUCAUUAGGGGCAAAGAUAUUGGUUUUCUGGUGAACUGUGUGGAAGAGGCAUUAACCCUGCCCCAAAACCUGAUGGAAGUGAAUGAGGAGAGCCUGAUGGGAGCAGUGAAUAAGAAUACUGCAGUAAUGACAUUGAUGACCCGCUUAGUGCUGCCUGGGAUGCUGCAGCGGAGCAGAGGAGCUGUGGUCAAUAUAGCAACAGGAGCCUGCUGUAAACCUCUGCCGGGGAGAGUCAUGCUCACUGCUUCUAUGGGUUACUUGAACCAUUUCUCUCAAGCUCUGCAUCUUGAGUACAGAAGCAGGGGAAUAUUUGUCCAGAGUUUGAUACCUUUCCAGAUUGCUUCAACCAGACAAAAUGUAAAAGAGGGCCUGUUCGUACCAAAGCCACACGUUUAUGCCCAGCACGCCAUUUCCACACUGGGUGUGUCCAACUGUACAACUGGCUACUGGCCCCAUACACUGCAGUACGGACUGAUCAGGUGUAUCCCAGACUGGAUAUGGGUUCUUGGAUCACGGCUGUUCAUCAGUUAAUGAGAAUAAGAAAGGACAAAGCACUGACUUGUGAUGAUGCACUAUAAAUUCAUUAUUAUGUAUGAAUUAUAUGAUUUGUUUUCUGUUUUCUGUGUUCUGACGUGGAUUUUAGGGUUUAUUCUUUGAAGGGCCCAUAGUACGCUACUUUCUGAUCGAUGUUAUAAUGUUGUUUUCUCAUCAAAAAAGUUGUGUUGCUUCAUUCACACGUUUAACACACAAAUUAUACAUAUUUAAAAUGUGUUCUUCUCUCAGAUUGAAAAUAAUCUGUUCUACCCUAUGAUGUCAUGUGGUAAUACAGGAACUGCUCCACUGUGUUUAAAGUCCAUACACCUUCACUUGAAUCAUCAAUAAUUUCAGCCCUGGAACUGUCAAUCUCUACUAAACAAAAGGUUGUUCAAUUCAAAACUACUGCUUCAUGACAUCACAAGGUGGAACAGAGCAUUCUGAGCUUUGCAGAUGUGGACCGAAUAAUAAUAAAGGGUUAUUCAAAUUGCAUAAUAUAGGACCAUGCAAUUUUCUGUACUUCAUAGAAAUAAUUACUCAUUUAAUUUGUGAGAAACUGAUUUAAUUCAAUUUCAAGGCUAUACAUCUGAUAAGACACUCCAUUGUGUAAUAAUAAUAAUAAUAAAGAUAUUUAAAAUGAAA